UUCUUCGAGGCGGUUCUCUAGCCCGCCGACUGUUCCUUCGGCACGCUCGACUUCUCCGGUGGAGGAGCCACUCUUCGACUCCUUAUAAAAGCGAGGGUAACCAGCACAGAUUCAGUGUGCUCACUGCCGACCAACAUGAACAGCACCGACAGUCUCAAAAUAAUUCUACUGUGCGGCCUGAUAACGCUAGCCGCAGCUGGCGAUACGAAGAAGACCGAAGCGACUUCCGAAACAAAGGAUACCAAACCAAAACGAGGUCUUGAGCUGAGUCUAGGAAGCCAUGGUGGUUUCGGUGGUUUUUCGGAUGGCCAUGGUUUUGGAGGUGGUCUAGGAGGUGGCUAUGGAGGCGGUCUAGGAGGUGGCUAUGGAGGCGGCGGUGAAAGUGUAGGAAUAAGUCACGAACACAUCCCUGCCGUGACGGUCACAAAGACCGUCCACGUACCAGCUCCGUAUCCGGUCCACGUGGAUAAACAUGUCCCAUAUCCGGUGAAGGUACCAGUGAAGGUACCUGUUGAUCGCCCUUAUCCCGUCCACGUUCCAGCACCUUAUCCAGUCACCGUUGAAAAACACGUACCCUAUCCUGUAGAGAAGCAUGUACCAUACCCUGUCAAGGUACCUGUUAAGGUUCCGGUCAAGGUACCUUAUCCAGUCUCAUAUCCAGUCAAAGUUCCCGUAACGGUACACAAGCCAGUCCCCUACCCCGUCAAGGUUCCAGUGGUCGUCAAAGAGCCCUACCCUGUGAUUCUAAAGGGUCACGAAGAGGGUGGUGGUUUCGGUGGCGGAUAUGGAGGCGGAUUCGGCGGUGGACACGAUUUCGGUGGUGGAUUUGGUGGUUUCGGACAUCACUGAUAUUUCAAAUUGAAAUCAUCAAUUAAGCGAAAAAUUCUGCAUCAGAUUAGUACGAACACUCGAUCCGAAGCAAAGUAGCGAGAAUACGGGUACAGUAGUGUAAUGAAAAAGAAAAAAAAAAGAUUAUCACCAAUAUGUAUUCAUGUGAUUUUCUCAGAUGUAUUAUACUUUUUGUAAAUGAAUAAAACAUUGUUUUUUACAUUUAAAA